AUGGAUUAAACUGUUGUUGAUUAAUUGUCUUUAGAUGCCAUACCUUACUACUAAGAAUAAUUGUACGGAGCACUGUCUAUAGUAUUGGAACUGUAAAAUAAAAUUGAAGCUGAAAAUGAGAUGACAGAAAAUAUUGUCGUUAAAAUAUAAGAUGACAAUAAAAAUGAAAUUUAUCAACAUGUUUUAGAUUUUGAUGAAAAAAACAUAGAUGAUGUAAUAUAAGAGAUGAAUGAGAAAUGUUUAUCAUAAUUAGAAGAAAUAGAUUAAGAGACAUGUAAAUAAGAUGAAUAAAUAUUUACAAUGAAUUAAGUAUAUUGUAUUUAUUAACUAAUUUAGAAAAUUGAUGAAUUGGAAGAUAUUAUUUGUUAAUGUAUGACUCAAACAAAUAAGGAUUAAGUUAUCUUAAAUCAAUUAACUAAUUUAAUUAAGGAUAAAUAAUUACAUCUAUAAGACAUUAAUAUGGAAAUUAUGGAAUAAGAAUAGAUUAAUAAGCAAAAUUAAUAAUUUAUGAAAAGAAGAAUGAAAUAAGAAAAAUAAAAAUAAUAAGAAUUAGAUGAGAAGAUGUUAUUAAAAUAAAAGAAAUAAGAGUAAAAAUAAUUAUUGAAAGAGAAAAAUGCUAAAAAUGAAGAACUCUUGAUGUUAUAAUUAAUUGAAGAGAAAUAAAGAUUAUAAUAUGAAUUAGAUGAAUUAGUUAAUGGUUAAGAAUAGAAGGUUUAAUAAUUAUUGAGUUAAAUGGAAACUACAGUAAUGGAAGAAGAAGAAGAGGAUAAAUCUGUUGUUACAUCUGUUGUCUUUAGAGAAAGUUCAAAUAAAUCACAUUAUGAAAGAAGAGAAAUUUAAGAACAACCAAAAAACAGAACAUGUUGUGGAGAGUGUACUAUUUUCUGA